AUGCCAGCAGAGCUUAGCGAGUCAGAGAUCAGCACCCCAAUGUGUUGGCUGUUCAUAGAAGAGACAGUCCUCAGCCUAAAGACCUUACCUUCUAUAAUAGAUGAGGCAGAGAAGGAGUGGGAGAAAGGAGGUGCAGCCAGCUGUGCUAACUGGCCUCUCGGAUCCACGGAAACAAAGCCGGGAAGGGGAGGGGCUAUUUCCCAUCAUGCUACCCGGGAAUGUGCGGUGCUGGGAUGUGCUUGGAGUCGUCCGAAACGGUUUUACUGGCCACAGAUCGACUCCUACGACGUGACGGUGGCAGAAGACCUGGGAGAGAUCCAGCUGCUGAAAAUCGAGAAGCGAAAGUACUGGGUGCACGAUGACUGGUACCUCAAGUACAUCACCGUGAAGACGCCCGUCGGGGACUACCUGGAAUUCCCGUGUUACCGCUGGAUUACGGGAGAGAAAGAGAUCGUCCUGCGAGACGGCAGAGCAAAGCUGCCCCGGGAUGACAAGAUUCAGAUCCUCAAGCAGCACAGACGCAAAGAGCUUGAAGAACGGCAAAAAAUGUAUCGGUGGAAGGAAUGGCACCCCGGCUUUCCGCUAAGCAUCGAUGCGAAUUGUCACCAUGACUUGCCUCGGGACAUCCAGUUUGACAGUGAGAAGGGAGUCGAUUUCAUCCUGAACUACUCCAAAGCGAUGGAGAAUCUCUAUGUCAACCGCUUCAUGCACAUGUUCCAGUCCUCCUGGAGUGACUUUGCGGAUUUCGAGAAGAUCUUUGUCCGAAUCAGCAAUACCAUCUCCGAGUACGUGAUGCAACACUGGCAGGAAGAUUUUAUGUUUGGGUACCAGUUCCUGAACGGAUGCAACCCUGUAAUGAUCGAACGGUGCCGAGAGCUGCCCAAAAACCUGCCGGUGACCACCUCGAUGGUAGAAUGCAGCCUCGAACGGAAUCUGAGUCUGGAAGAGGAAAUAAAGCAAGGGAACGUUUUCCUAGUGAAUUACCAGCUGCUGGAUGGCAUCGAUGCCAAUAAAACAGACCCGUGCACGCUGCAGUACCUGGCUGCCCCCAUCUGCUUGCUGUACAAGAACCUGGAGAAUAAGAUCGUCCCUAUCGCAAUCCAGAUCAAUCAGACCCCCGGCCCGGAUAAUCCCAUUUUCCUCCCGUCCGAUGCCAAAUACGACUGGUUACUGGCCAAGAUUUGGGUUCGCUCUGCAGAUUUCCACAUGCACCAGACCGUGACCCAUCUCCUGCGGACACACUUAAUUUCCGAAGUGUUUGGGAUCGCCAUGUUCCGGCAGCUGCCGGCGGUGCACCCCCUGUACAAGGUAGUGGUCCCCCACGUGCGCUUCACAAUCACCAUCAACACCAAAGCCCGCGAGCAACUCAUCUGUGAGUGCGGGCUCUUCGACAAGGCGAAUGCCACGGGUGGAGGUGGACACGUGCAAAUGGUCCAGCGAGCCACAAAAGACCUCACCUACAGUUCCCUCUGCUUCCCGGAGGCCAUCAAAGCCAAGGGCAUGGACAGCAAAGAGGACAUUCCUUACUACUACUAUCGGGAUGACGGCAUCAAAGUCUGGGAGGCAAUAAAGAGCUUCACGGCGGACGUGAUUGAUAUCUAUUACGAGAGCGACGAGGUCGUGUGCGAGGACGUGGAGCUCCAGGCCUUCGUCAAGGACGUCUACGUCUACGGAAUGAAGGGCAACAAGUCUUCCGGAUUUCCAAAGACCAUCAAGACCCGCGAGAAGCUAUCGGAAUAUCUCACCGUGGCGAUAUUCACCGCGUCAGCCCAGCACGCCGCUGUCAAUUUCGGUCAGUAUGACUGGUGCUCCUGGAUUCCCAACGCCCCCCCGACCAUGCGGCAGCCUCCCCCCACGGAAAAGGGGACGGUCACCAUCGAGCAGAUUGUGGAGAGCCUGCCGGACAGGGGGCGCUCCUGUUGGCACCUCGGCGCCGUCUGGGCCUUAAGCCAGUUCCAGGAAAAUGAACUGUUCCUGGGCGUGUACCCCGACGAGCACUUCGUGGAGAAGCCAGUAAAAGAGGCCAUAAUGAAAUUCAGCAAGGACCUCGGCGAGAUCGUCAGCGGCAUCACUGAACGGAACAAGAACAAAAAACUGCCCUACUAUUACCUUUCCCCGGAUCGCAUCCCCAACAGCGUCGCCGUCUGAGCCGCGGCCCCGGAGAGGCGGACGGUCUGGAACGCGCCACGACAGGGGCUACCCUCGAGAGGGCCCAUCAGCGUAAUCAGUUUGGUUCUUACUAAUCAUUUUUCGGGGUGAUUAUUACUGGGAAACAGCCGUGCCAAUGUGUUCAGGAGGUUGUCUGUUUUAAAUAAGCUUUUACAAAUCUUAAGACCCCCUGCAGUGUUUACAAGCCUAAUUGUGCGUGAGCUUGGGAAAGUUUGGCUGAUGAGAAACUGACUAAAACCGGAAACUGACUGGCCUAUUCACAGCGCGCAUGUCGCUCAGCUUGGCCACUGAAAAGCCACAUCAUCCUGAGAUCAAGUAAAUUAGAUUUUAAUUCUUUCCGUUUUAAUAAGUGGCAGGGGCCUCCGGAACACAGCAAAUCAAAUGGACUUUUUAAAUGUCGUCUUUUUUAAUCCGAUGCUUCAACAUACGUUAAUCUUAAUCGUAAACUUCCUGAUUUGGGACCAGAAAUAGAAGCCGGAAAACAUCACUGUGUGUGUUCAUGGGAAGUGGUGUGAGCUCGCAUGGGAGGAAGGUUUCAGUAAUUUUUUUGUAUUGGGGUGUUAUCUUUCUUCGUGAAGAUUUAAAAGUUCUCCUUUCAGUGUCUUGCAGCAGUUAUUUUCAAUUGUCUCAUCUGGACAGACUUUGUGCCAGCACAGCAAUAAACGCAGACGGAGAAGUGAUUUUGUGCUGUUUGCUGUCGGGGGUGGGUGGUUUUAAGGGUUUUUGGUUCUCCUUUUUUUUUUUUUUUUUUUUUUUUUUUUUUUUUUUUUUUCCUGUUUAGCUCUGUACAGUAUAGCUCGGUAUUUGGAAAGGAAGAUCUGAGCUCCUAAAGCAAGAGGGCUGAAUGGAAGAGACGGACCCUAGUUCUUCUGACAUCAGCUUCUCAGUUCUCCGCCAUCUUUAUUGGAGGGUCUCCUUCAUUAAGGAACUAUUUUUUCUCGGAACCCUUGGGGUGUUGACACCAGCUUCACUGGCUGUGUGUGGGCGGGGGAGCUGACAGAAUUACGGGGCCCUUGGGCAGUGGGGGCGUGUCUCUACAUGCCCAAAAGGGGCGGAGUCUUGGGCAUAAUGGGCGGGGUAUAAGAGAGAGAUUUCCCAUGGCGAUUCUAAAUGGCCCGGGGUUCUGACGACUGCCACGGCCGUAGGAGCAGCUAGGAGUCCUGGGCCCAUUAGAAUUGCCGGGGCCCGAGAUAACUGCCCCUUCCCUCCCUUCCUCGGUGGGUCUGACUGUGGGCAUGUAUAUAAGAUGCAGAAACGGGGCCCCAUUGUGCACCUAUAAGCAAGAUCAGGGCCGUGGAAAUCUCUGUGUGUUGUGCUUCCCUGGCCUUUUAGCUGAAAAUCCCAACCCUGAAUCUUGAAUCUUCCCAGCAUCUAAUCAAUAACUAGAGCCGCUUCUACCUGAGAGUUCGAGGUGGGACGAGUGUGCGAAACGCCCCUGGACCGGUGUGAGGACUGUUUGGUGGCAUCUUGCACGGUCCCGCUUUUCUUCAUUGUGCUGCAUUGGGGUCGCUAGACUCAAACAAUAUGUACACUGGCUCUGGGCGUGGGGGGGUGUAAUUGACACAGUAAACACGACUGAAGAAAUGUGAUUAUAGACACAUACAAGGAAGGUUUGUGCUUUUAUUAAUGACACUCUUCUCCCCAACUUUGUUCCCUGAAAUAUACCCUUGUGCUCUUCCCAUAUGUACUUGCCAUAGAGAAAAGUCUGUUUUGCUACGAGAAUAAAAC